AGUUCUGACUUGAAUAGAGAUGUAGUAAUAAAAUAAGCAUACUUACAAAGUUAGGAUAUUUCAAGGUUUUAAUGACCCAGCCUACAAAGGCUGAUGUAUACAAGGGUUCACAUUUUACUUCCCGUUUUAUUUUUACCUGAAAUUAUCACAUCCGUGUUGUAACAUGUUAAAGAACUGACUAAGUGAAAAACAGAGAGAUUUAAGUCACCGUAAGUCAAUUAUUUACGUUCUAACGUAGGAUAUCAGUCUCAUUUCUCUUGCAAUGCCUGGUCGUCUGGUUAGCUUGGUGGACUGAUUAUCUCGACGGUCCCGGGUUCAAGCCCAGCUCGCUGCCAUCGCCCGUCGUCCAGCGAGAGAUAUUAUAAUAUGUCGAUAUUAAAAUUGUAUAAACAAGCCAGCCAUCUUUUAUUGUGCCUUGUUUUUCUGGUCGAAGACGGUCUUCAUGGAGAGGCUCAAAAAGCUGAAGCUGUUAUUGACAUACAAUUGCAUUCUACAUCUAAUUACAGAAUAACAUUUAUCCUAAGAAACGAUUCAUAUAGCAAAUUUCAAGAGAAUUUAUUCAGCAACAAAAAUUCGACAAUUACAUUCAAAUAUCUGGAUGAUGGUAGUGGUUCUUACAUAACCACUAUUACAGCAAGUGACGAUCAAAAUCAGAAAGAAAAUCUUUUUUAUACGUGUUUCAUUAAUGAGUCCAUAAUGGCCUUACAUUGUCGUAGAAAUAUCAGCUGUACCAUACAGAACUGUUUAUUAUGUAACAACGGUAUAGGUAUAAGGUGGAUGUAUAACGGAUAUAUAAGUUCUAACUAUAUCACAAACAAAACAGAACAUUGUGAUGAUGGGCAAGCGAUAGUGAUGUACGCAAUAAUUGAUAAUGUGUACUCAAUAUCAACCUCAACAGUUUCAUCAACAACGCCAUCACAUUUAUCAACACUAAACUUAACGAAACUUUCAACUAUAGCCAUUCUACAAGAAAAUACUUCGAGCGAGACAAAAUGUGUCAAAGCUGAACUCAAUUUGCCUUCCGUUGUGUCCGUCAGUGUGUCUGUCACUGUGGCUGUGUGUACUGCACUUUUUAUUCUCAUGCUUGUCAUUUGGAGAAAAAGAAAGUGUAAAACAGUUUCAAAUAAUUCUCAAAACGGGAUCCCACAGAACUAUGAUAACUUGCAAAGUGCUGAGAGUAUACAAGGAACAGAUCCAAGAAAUUACACAUACAAUACACCCAUUUUUAGUUUUAAAACUACUAAUUUUGAGAACAACAAUUCAAAUAACACGAACGAACAUACCAUAAGACUGGAUAGAAUAACAGAAAGGGAAACAACUGUUCACACUACAAUAAUGAACGAUAAAAUAACUGCCACAUUAAGCGCUGCUUUAGAUUCUGAAAAGCUAAAUGCGUACAACAAUGUUAUAAACGAUACCAGAGCUCAAGAUCGCUUCAGUCCUUCAAAAUGCGUUGCAUUUAAAAAAGACAAUGUUUACGAUGACAUUGAUCAUAACCAAAGCAAUGCAAAAUCUAAACAUCCAAGCAUGGAAAUUAAUUACGCAAAUAACGGUUACAACAAUAUCCUGUGACAUUCCAAAGUUUGGACCAUAUAUUUAGUUUAGUUAAGUUAUCAAAACUAUUAAAUCUACAUUUUUUUUACCAAAUAAUUCACAUUUUCUUAUGCAUUUAGGUACAUAUCUGUAAAAUAAAAAAAAAGCACAAAUUAAAAUCAAAUUAAGGAUUAUAGGCAGGUAAGGAUAAGCCAUUAAAUCCAUUCAUAUGCAGAAUGUAAAGACAGAAAGUUGGAAAAUAACAAAGGACCAAAGGUAGGAUGGAAAGGUAUAGUGUAGCCGUAAAUAUAUAUAUAUUUUUACAAUGGUUAAUAACAUCAACUACUGUUUGUAAGCAAGUUUCCAACAUUCUUACCUCACAUAGACUCGACUAAACAUCUUUUAAGACAUUUACAAAACUCGGUUUAAGUUUAUUAUUAAAUACAUACAUCUUUACCAUAGUGCGGACUGCAACUCCGACCAUUCACCAGUGCUAAGCAAAAUCAAACUACUUCUCAAGAAGGCUUACACUUCCACUCAACCCAGAACUAGGCGAAUUAACGUCAACCAUGUAGGUGACCCAGAGAAGUGUGCACUCUUUGGCGAGCUCCUGAACAGUUCAAUCUCCUCGUUAAGUGAUGAAGAAGACAUCUCUAUCAGAAGGGAAAAAUUAAGAGAUGUAAUCUACAGUUCGGCAAUCACCGCCUUUGGGCCUCAAAAACACAAAAAUGUAGACUGGUUUGAGGCGAAUCUAGCACUUAUGGAACCUUGCAUCGAGAAAAAACGAUCUGCACACCUCGCUCAAAAGACAAAGCCUAGUCCAAAAUCUUUGGAGGCCUUCAAAAGUGCUAAUAAAGAGGCGAAACAAAUGGCUAGAAAAUGUGCUAACAACUUUUGGAGGGAUACCUGCAACAGAAUCCAAGACAGUCUCCACUCAGGAAAUAGCAAAGCUCUAUUUGAUGGAAUUAAAGCGGCCCCUGGGUCCAACAGUGUCUAAGCCUGCCCCCCUUCUAUCCAAAUCAGGAGAAAAAAUUACAGAUCAAACCAAGCAACUAGAACGAUGGACAGAACACUACCUCGAAGUCUAUGCCACACAGAAUACAGUAGACGAUGUCGCCCUGGCUUAUCUACCAGAUCUUCUAGUACUGGAAUGCCUAGAUGAGCUUUCGAGCCUUAGUGACCUCAAAAAAGCAAUUAACUUCAUACGAAAUAGAAAAUCUCCUGGGAGUGAUGGUAUCCCAGUGGAAGUAGUGAAAGUCAACGAAUCACUCCUGCUCCCUGAACUCUAUAUUCUCCUCUGCCGCUGUUGGGAAACAGGUCAUGUCUCACAGGACAUGCGUGACGCAACUAUAGUCACAAUAUACAAGAACAAAGGGGAUCGGAGUGACUGCAACAAGUACAGGGGUAUCUCUCUCCUCAGUAUAGUGGGAAAGAUCUUUGCUAGAGUGGCACUAUUCAGGCUGCAAGUGAUAGCUUCUAGAGUCUACCCAGAGUCUCAGUGUGGAUUCAGGAGUGGUAGAUCCAGUAUAUACAUGAUUUCUUCUCUACGACUACUGCAGGAGAAAUUCAGAGAGAGAGAGAGACAGACCCCUUUACAUUGUUAUUGUUGAUCUGACUAAAGCUUUUGACAUGGUCAGCAGAAGUGGCCUUUUCAAACUCCUGAGGAAAAUAGGUUGCCCUCCCAAACAACUGAAGUUCAUUGAGUGUUUUCACGAGGAAACUAAAUGUACUGUCAAAUUCAAUGGAGCCCAAUCAGCACCUUUUGAGGAUUGCAGUGGUUUCAAGCAGGAUGUGUGCUCGCACCUACUCUGUUUGGCAUUUUCUUCUCCUGUCUACUGCAUUAUGCGUACAACGACAUAAACGAAUGUGUGUUUCUCCAUACAAGAUCCUCUGGAAAACUAUUUAAUGUAUCAAGGCUGCGGGCAAAAACCAAGGUUAGGAAGCCACUCGUGAGGGAACUCCUGCAUGCUGAUGAUGCAGCUAUUGUGGCUAUUGUGGCUGAUUCUGAUAUUUAGCUACAGUCCCUGGUUGACAAACUAUCUGCUGCCUGCCAGAAGUUCGGCUUAAACAUCAGUCAAAGCAAGACUAAGAUACUUGUCCAAAACACAAACACUGCACCUCAAGUAAGCAUUAAUGCCUAAGGUGGAUCUUUAAAAUAAGAUGGAAAGAUAAGAUAACCAAUGAGGAAGUGCUACAAAGAGCAGGGUGCCAGGACAUCCGCUCUGUUAUCAGCAGCAGACGCCUUGGCUGGCUUGGCCACGCUCGUAGAAUGCCAGUAGGUCGACUUCCACAGGACAUCAUGUAUGGAGAUCUAAUAGAAGGCAGGAGAGCCGCUGGUCGCCCACUUUUACGUUAUACGGAUGUAUACGACAUGAAGCUCUUCAAAAUCGACACUGGCAACUGGGAAGAGGUGGCACUGGAUAGAUCCACAUGGAGAGAGCAUAAAGGAAGGGUCACAGAUUGCAGAUGUCAUACACAACAGAAGCAGAAAGAAGAGGGAAAAUGCAACGGCGCCUGGUGAUUAUAUAUGCCCUACCUGCGAUCGCAGCUGUGUAUCAAGGACUGGCCUCUUUAGUCACACAAGAAGUUGCAAAGGGAAAAGAUCAUCUAUCGAGACGUAAAAUGCCACAGAGACAUCUUUACAAUAAUUUGGAUUUGACCUCUUGACCCUAAUUUUAACAGCCUUAUGUUACAUAGCCUGACAAUCACUUACCUCGAUUUAGAUUAUCGGGCACUGUUCGGCGCACAUAUCCAUGCAAGCUCUAUAACAGCCUCAUGCGACUACACAAUCUCAUUCCUGGGACGUUUUGUUUUUGUUUUUUCAUUAAAAAAUAUGAAACAACUUAUUAUUGAUAAUGAGAUUUAGGGAAUUUUUUGGCAAGAAAUUAACAUUUAAUAUUGGUGAAUAGAGCAAUAUCGAACAAAUGUUUAGCUU